GGUUCCCUAUUCUUUAAUAUACCGGUUUUGAGUUUUGAUGAUUAUAGGCAUCAGCUGCUUCUCUUUCUUCUCCAAAUCACUAAGUUGCUAAAUUGUACUUGUAUCUCUUUCUGAGUCAAAAUCCCACCUGGGUUAUUGGGUAAAGAUACCAAGUGUUUUGAAUUUGAGCUAAAAAGCUAGUACUUUUUGGGUUCAUACUCUUUUGCUCAGAAAUGAAGAAUCAAGAAAGAGUGCAUCUGCAUCUGUUCUGAUUCAGUGUAAAGCUCACUGUUGUGCAAAGUCAAAGGUUUGUGCUUGAAAUGGGUACUAGGCUCCAGAAUCAGGAGAGAGUUCCAGAGAAUCUGAGAAAGCAGCUUGCUAUUGCUGUGAGAAGCAUCCAAUGGAGCUAUGCAAUCUUCUGGUCCAUUUCACCAAGACAACCAGGGGUGUUGGAGUGGGGUGAUGGGUACUACAAUGGAGAUAUUAAGACAAGGAAAACAGUGCAAGCCAUUGAACUUGAUGCUGAUCAAAUGGGUCUACAGAGGAGUGAACACUUGAGAGAGCUUUAUGAAUCUCUAUCAGCUGGUGAAGCAAGUCCACAUGCUAGAAGGCCUUCAGCUGCAUUAUCUCCUGAAGAUCUUGCUGAUACAGAGUGGUAUUACUUGGUUUGCAUGUCGUUCGUCUUCAACAUUGGCCAAGGCUUGCCGGGAAGAACGUUAGCAAAUGGCCAACCGAUCUGGCUAUGCAAUGCUCAUCAUGCAGAUAGUAGAGUGUUUACUCGCUCUCUACUAGCAAAGAGCGCUUCCAUUCAGACUGUGGUAUGCUUUCCUUUUCUCGGAGGUGUGAUUGAGCUGGGUGUGACUGAGCUGGUUCUUGAGGACCCUGGUCUCAUUCAACACGUUAAAACAUCAUUCUUGGAGGUUCCAUACCCUCAAUGUUUGAACAAGAUCAAUCCUAGUCCAGGAAGCUAUAGAAAUCACAAUGAUCUCGCAAGCUCUGCACUUGAUCAGGAUGUUGUUGACACCAAAUACAUUCCUAUUGUAAGAUGUGAAGAUAUGGAUGUGACUUCACUCAAUAACAGUUCAAAUGGUUUCGGGCCAAAUCAACCAGCUGAAGAUUCAUUCAUGAUUGAAGCGAUGAAUGGGGAAGCUUCUCAAGUGCAGAGCUGGCAGUAUAUGGAUGAUGAGUUAAGUAACUAUAUACAUCAUUCCAUGGAUUCGAGUGAUUGCAUAUCUCAAACAUUGGUAUAUCCUGAAAAGGUUGUGUCUGGUGCUAAGAAUGAAAAGGUCCCAUCUGAUCAUAUUCUGCAAGACCAUAAGGAGUGCAAUGCCCCAAAACAAAUCUCUUUGGGACCUGAAAUAAAUGACUUGCAUUACCAGAGUGUUCUGUCUUCCCUUUUAAAGAGCUCACACCAAUUGAUAUUGGGGCCACAGUUUCAAAAUGGUUAUCAGGAAUCCAGUUUUGUGAAUUGGAAGAAAGGAGGAUCUGUAAAAUGCAGAAAUCAACGAAGCCCGCAAAACUUGUUGAAGAAGAUUUUGUUUGAAGUUCCUAAGAUGCAUGUAGUUUGUGUUCUCAAGUCCCCAGAAGAUAAUGGUGAUCAAGAUGGAGUUUGGAGACCAGAAGCUGGUGAAAGUCUUAUGAACCAUGUAAUAUCUGAGAGGAAGCGAAGGGAAAAACUAAAUGAAAAGUUUUCCAUUUUGAAAUCUUUGGUGCCUUCAAUUCGAAAGGGUGACAAAGUAUCCAUACUCGAUAAUGCAAUAGAGUACUUGAAAGAUCUUGAGAAAAGGGUUGAAGAGUUGGAAACGUCUCAGGCAUCAUCAGAUUUAGAAGCAACAAUAAAGAGGACAACACGAGAGAAUAGUGAGAAAACAUCUGACAGCUGUUGCAACAACAAAACGAAUAAUGUGAAGAAACCAUUAGUCUACAAGAGGAAGGCCCGUGACUUUGAUGAGACAGAACCAGAGAUCAACUAUGCUGCAUCGAAAACCAAUUUGAGUGAUAAUGUGAAGGUGAGUAUGAACAAUAAGGAUGCUCUAAUUGAGAUGAGGUUUCCUUGGAGGGAGGGAGUGUUGCUUGAAAUCAUGGAUGUCACAAGCAGUCUCCACUUGGACACUCACUCAGUUCAAUCAUCUACUACAGAUGGGAUUCUUUCUCUGACUAUUCAAUCAAGGUUUAAGGGGUCGAAUAUUGCAUCAGCCGGGACGAUAGAGCUAGCACUUCAGAAAAUCGCCUUGAACUGUUGAAGCUUGUAUUUCUAGUGAUCCCAUUGAGGGUAAUCUGAUUUCUGAUGUACAAUUGUGCAAAGGAUCUUUAGACCGUAAGAAACAUGAGUACCUGAGGGUUUCUUUUUUUUUUGGCUUUAGAUAGUAGUCACUAGUCUAGUACCAGGAACAUUCUGUUAAAUGUCAUAAUUUUGUUAUAUGAUUCUGUACCUAACACA